CGAGUGCGCAUGUGUCAGUGUCUAUCUCUAAGCGACUGCGCAUGCGUCAGUCCUUUCUGGCGAACCUUGAAGCAACCGGAAGCAGCGGGUGCUUAAGCAGAGCGGCGUCGUGACCUUCGCUGCUCUUCCUCGUUCAUUCUCGUCAGGCUUCAAGAUGCUGAGGAGUGCUGUUCAGAGAUGGUGGGACACCCAUAAGAUUUACCACACUCAGGUAUUCCAAGAACUCUGGGUUGGUAUCAUCUUAACAGGAUACGUCUAUUACAAAAUCUCUUAUGGAGGUAAAAAGUCAGUGGAAGGCAGCAAAAAAUCCUCUGGCCAUCAUUAGAAGUUCUUCAGUAUGCAUUUGGUGAAGCGACAUCUUGGCAGUAGAGGAAUCAUGCUGCCACCAUGGACAUUAGUUGUAUUGUAAGCUGUGUACAGCCCCAUCACAGUGGUAAUCUGUCAAGGACUGAAUAAACACGUUGUUCAAAAAGCGUGA